AACAAUUCCAAAACAUUACAGAAAUAUCCAUACUAUAUAUGAAUGUUGUAUGCAAACAAGUAACAGCUCUAGUACUUACUAGUUAAUUUAUUUUUCUAUACAACCACCGUACUAUAUCUCUACCAUGUUUGGUGCUACAACUGUUCAAUCUCAAUUCUGAAGACUGACUACAUCGACAGGAAAAUCAUCUUCAAUUUUCAGUAUAGUUCUGAAGUUUGCUCAGCUAUCUAUGGCGCACAUAUAUGUAUAUAUUCUUCAACAGUGCAUGACAUAGCCAGAGAAAGAGAUGCAGGAAAAUGAGCUCUGUCUCUGAGAUCCAUAAGGUUAUGUUCUUGCUAUCACUGCCCAGCUUAAUUGGUAACAGUGGAGAAAACAUUGCUGGCUCAAUCUUUCAGUAUCCAUUGAUGCAUAAUCGGAAAACAUGUUAUUUUGAUGUGCCUGUUGUGUUAGUACAUCACCUGCGUGAAGACGGUUGAGUAGCUUAUUUGCUAUCAUAUAAUCUCUAUACUGAGUACAUGAUAUAGAUAUUUUAAUUGGCUGAAGGAGUGAAAUUUUAUUUUGCCCAACUCCAAUGUCUUCUAGGGAGAACAAAUCAAACAUCUUGAUGCAAAAAUAUGAACUAGGAAGGUUACUAGGUAAAGGAACGUUUGGAAAGGUUUACUAUGGCCGUAGUACAAUAACUAACCAAGGUGUGGCCAUUAAAGUGAUUGACAAGAAUAAGGUUAUAAAAGCUGGGCAGGUUGAUCACGUUAAAAGGGAAAUAUCUAUUAUGAGACUGGUGAAGCACCCAAAUGUUAUUGAGCUUUUUGAGGUCAUGGCCACAAAGAGUAAGAUUUACUUUGUUAUGGAAUAUGCUAAAGGUGGGGAACUGUUUAAGAAGGUGGCCAAAGGAAAGCUCAAAGAAGAUGUUGCACACAAAUAUUUUAUUCAGCUAGUGAAUGCAGUGGAUUUUUGUCACAGUAGAGGUGUAUGCCAUAGAGAUAUAAAGCCAGAGAACAUUCUGUUGGAUGAAAAUGAUAAUCUGAAGAUCUCAGAUUUCGGGUUAAGUGCCCUGGCUGAAUCCAAACACCAAGAUGGCUUGUUGCACACAGCUUGUGGAACACCUGCCUAUGUUGCUCCUGAGGUCAUCAAAAGGAAAGGUUAUGAUGGUGCAAAAGCUGAUAUUUGGUCAUGUGGGGUAGUUUUGUUUGUCUUACUAGCAGGUUACAUCCCUUUCCAAGAUCCUAAUUUGAUGGUGAUGUAUAGGAAGAUAAGCAAGGCAGAGUUUACAUGUCCUAGAUGGCUCCCAAGAGGAGUUCGGAGGCUAUUGAGCAAGAUGUUGGAUCCAAAUCCAAACACUAGGAUUUCCAUUGAUGAGAUUAAGCAAUGUUCUUGGUUUAGGAAGUGGCCAAAUGGUAUACAGACAACACAAGAAGGGGAAAACAGGAGUGUCUCUCCUUCAAUUACACAUCAUUCUGAACAAUAUGGUGAUGGAAGUAAUGGCUUAGCAGCAGAAGCAAGGCAAGAGUCAGUUGUGCCAGUAAGUAUAAAUGCCUUUGAUAUAAUCUCCCUCUCACCUGGGUUUAAUCUUUGUGGAUUCUUUGAAGACAGCUUUCAGAAAAGGGAAGCAAGAUUUACUUCAAGACAACCAGCAUCUCUCAUCAUCUUCAGGCUGCAAGAAAUUGCAAAUCGGCUGAAGAUGAAAAUAAAGAAAAGGGCUGCCGGUUUGUUGAAAUUGGAGAGCCUUCAUGAAGGUAGGAAGGGGAUCUUAUCCAUUGAUGCAGAAAUCUUUGAGGUUACUCCACUUCUGCACUUGGUGGAGGUGAAGAAAUCAAAUGGAGAUACGCUUGAAUAUGAGAAAAUACUGAAAGAAGCCAUAAGGCCUGCUCUUAAAGAUAUUGUUUGGGUAUGGCAAGGUGACCAACAACAGUAAUCACAACAGUUGGAGCAACUGCAGCAACAACAAUCUCAGUCCCAAAAA